UAAAAAAUAAAUAAAAAUCUUUGAUAGCCAUUUCUUGUUUACAAUAAAAAGAAAGGGAAAGAGAGAGAAUUGAGAGAAAGAGAAAACAUAAGCUAUCUUUUCAAAGCAAAAAAAAAAAGAAAAAGAAGCAAAAGCAAAGAGAUAAUUAAGAGGGGAAUUCGAGGAAGAAGAAGGGUUUUUUUUUUCAAAAAAAAAAUUGCUUUUUUUCUCUUUUGUGUGAAGAAGCUGGAGCUAUCAAAGAUGAUGCAGAUUGAGCAGCAACAACAGCAGCCCCAGCAGCAACAAAACCAGUUAAUGGUUCAAAACUCUGGGAGUUUAAGCUUUAGCAGUCACUUGUCUAAAGAAGAUGAAGAGAUCUCUAAAUCAGCUCUUUCUACUUUUAGAGCUAAAGAAGAAGAGAUUGAAAGGAAGAAGAUGGAAGUUAGAGAAAAAGUUCAGCUUCAGUUAGGUCGUGUUGAAGAAGAAACUAAACGUCUGGCUGUGAUUCGUGAGGAGCUUGAAGCACUUGCAGAUCCUAUGAGGAAGGAAGUUGCUCAGGUGAGGAAGAAGAUUGACGCAGUUAACAAAGAAUUGAAGCCAUUAGGGAACACUUGCCAGAAAAAGGAAAGGGAGUACAAGGAAGCCCUUGAUGCAUUUAAUGAAAAGAACAAGGAAAAAGUACAACUAAUCACAAAGUUAAUGGAGCUGGUGAGUGAAAGCGAAAAGUUAAGGAUGAAGAAGCUGGAGGAGCUGAGUAAGAACAUAGAUUCCAUACACUGAUCAUAUAAGGAAAGAGAAGCCCCUUUAGCUUUGGUUUUAACUGAUUAGGCUUGAGUGUGAUGUAUUUAAGGUGACUUUGAAUAUUUAUAUAUGGGUGUGUUGUAACGGUAAUCUUUGUUUGUUUUUGGUUAGCAUUCGAUGAAUGUUCAACUGAUUUAGAAAAAGGGAAAUACCCUAUAAAAACAAAACAGGUUUGUAACUAAAA